AUGGUGAAAACCGCAUGGUUCUCUCUUAUUCCUAUCAAAAAUUAUUCAAAAAAUAGCCACGGACAUUAUAUUUUGGCGACGAUAGUAGUAACAAUAUUUCCUUUUAAAAGUAUUGGAUUCCUAUUCUAUUUAGGUAGAGGUGCAAGCGGUAUGGUGUAUCAAACUGAGUAUCAAAAUAUUCAAUAUGCCAUUAAAAUUUCAAAUAAAAACUCAAUAAAAGAAUAUGAAAUAGCAGAAGAAAUGAAAAGUUAUAUUAAUGAACAUAUAUUAGAUGUUAAAAUAAUGAAUAUGUUUAGUGUGCAAAGUUUCAUUUUAUCGAGACCGGUUGGACAAAUAGUGAAAAAGGAUCAGAUACGUCAAAAGAGAUAUAUUACUCAGCUAUUAACGCAAUUAGCAAUUGGUCAUAAACUUGGACAUGUUCCUAGAGACAUCGGAAUGUAUAAUUUAAUAUUGUUUAAUUAUGAGUAUUCGUCACGCGGUCAGAAAGUUUCGGCUUAUUACGCUGAUGAUUGUGUAUCAGUCACCUAUAUGUUAUUAUUAUCCUUUUGUACAAAAGAAGAAGAAAAUUCGUUAAAAGAAUGCGCACGUGAUAGUCUUGCUGGCCGUUUAAUCGUUAAACGUCCAGAAUUUUUACGAGUUCACCCUAAAGAAGUUAUUGAUUCACUAUAUGACAUUGAACGUGAACGUGUUAGUUUAAUGAAUAUAGAUGAUUUACAUAACUGA